AUGUCGACUCUCCUGGAAAACAUCAAUGGCAUCAUCAAAAUAUUCCACAAAUAUUCAAAAACAGAUAAGGAGGCUGACACAUUGAGUAAAAAAGAGCUGAAGGAACUGCUGGAAGUGGAGUUUCGGCCCGUCUUGAAGAAUCCAGAUGACCCAGACACCACUGAAGUUUUCAUGCAUAUCCUCGAUGUAGAUCACAACAAGAAAAUAGACUUUACAGAGUUUUUUCUGAUGGUAUUCAAGUUGGCUCAUGCAUAUUAUAAUUAUACUCAAAGACAGAAUUUACAGACAGCAGGACAAAAACAGAAAAAGUAUACAUACCGCUACGAAGAUGAAGAAGAUGAUACAGAAGAAGAAAAAGAAGAAACAAAAAGAAAGUACAGUCAUUCAAGAAGUGUCACAGUAAAAACUAUGGGUCAAACAUCACGAAGGGCAGAUACACGGAAGGACAUUCACGAGAUACAGGUAGGAAAUCCGUAUUCACUCAUGGAAGAUCAGGGUCCAGUUCAAGGAAUCAAAAUGAUUCUGUCCAGACUCAUGCAGGAGAUAAUUCUACCCACUCAGAAUCCCAACAAGAGACACACAGUGAAUCUGUCAACAGAAGGUCAAGAAACACUGGGCAAAGACAGGGGAGCCACCAUGAGCAGUCAAGAGACAGCUCCAGAGACUCUGGAACUCGACAUGGACAAACCUCAGCUGAAUCUGGAAAUAGCAGACAUAGAGAAUCCAGUGUUAGUCAAGCCAGUGACAGUGUGGGACACGCCAGAGAUUCAGGUAGGCAUUCUGAGACAACUCAUGGAAGACCUGGUUCCAGCUCAAGGAAUCAACAUGGUUCCUCCCAUGGUCAGACAGGGGACAGUUAUAGGCACUCAGAGACCAAUCAAGGGAGCCACAAUGAGAGACAUGCCAGAGAUUCAGGUAGGCAUUCUCAGACAACUCAUGGAAGACCUGGUUCCAGCUCAAGAAAUCAACAUGGAUCUUCCCAUGGCCAUACUGGAGACAGUUCUAGGCACUCAGAGUCCCAUCAAGAGAGACAUAGUGAAUCUGUCCAUGGAAGGUCAGGAUCCAGCAAUGGGCAAAGGCAGAGGAGCCACCAUGAGCAGCCAAGAGACAGCUCCAGACAGUCUGGGUCUCAACAGGGACAAACCUCCUCUGGAUCUGGAAGCAGCAGGCACAGGCAAUCCAGUGUUAGUCAGGCCAGUGACACUUCAAGAAAUCAACAUGGAUCUGUCCAUGGACAGACAGGAGACAGUUCUAGGCACUCAGAGUCCCAUCAAGGAAGGCACAGUGAUACUGUCCACCAAAGGUCUGGAUCAAGCACGGGGCAAAGACAGGGGAGCCACCAUGAGCAGUCAAGGGACAGCUCCAGACAGUCUGGAACUGGUCAUGGACAAACCUCCACUGGAUCCGGAAGCAGUAGGCACAGGCAAUCCAGUGUUAGUCAGGCCAGUGACAGUGAAGGACAUUCAGAAGACUCAGGUAGACAGUCCGUGGCAACUCAAGGAAGAUUUGGUUCCAGCUCAAGAAACCAACGUGGAUCUUCGCAUGGCCAGACAGGAGACAGUCCUAGGCACUCAGCAUCUCAUCAAGGGAGGCACAGUGAAUCUGUCCAUGAAAGCUCAAGAAACCAACAUGGAGCUUCCCAUGGCCAGACAGGAGAUAGUUCUAGGCGCUCAGAGACCAAUCAAGGGAGCCACCACGAGAGACACGCAAGAGAUUCAGGUAGACAUUCCGAGACAACUCAUGGAAGACCUGGUUCCAGCUCAAGAAACCAACAUGGAUCUGUCCAUGGCCAGACAGGAGACAGUCCUAGGCACUCAGAGUCCCGUCAAGAGAGGCACAGUGAAUCUGUCCAUGAAAGGUCAGGAUCCAGUACAGGGCAAAGGCAGGGGAGCCACCAUGAGCAGUCAAGGGACAGCUCCAGACAGUCUGGAACUGGUCAUGGACAAACCUCCACUGGAUCCGGAAGCAGUAGGCACAGGCAAUCCAGUGUUAGUCAGGCCAGUGACAGCGAAGGACAUUCAGAAGACUCAGCUUCAAGAAAUCAACAUGGAUCUGUCCAUGGACAGACAGGAGACAGUUCUAGGCACUCAGAGUCCCAUCAAGGAAGGCACAGUGAUACUGUCCACCAAAGGUCUGGAUCAAGCACGGGGCAAAGACAGGGGAGCCACCAUGAGCAGUCAAGGGACAGCUCCAGACAGUCUGGAACUGGUCAUGGACAAACCUCCACUGGAUCCGGAAGCAGUAGGCACAGGCAAUCCAGUGUUAGUCAGGCCAGUGACAGUGAAGGACAUUCAGAAGACUCAGGUAGACAGUCCGUGGCAACUCAAGGAAGAUUUGGUUCCAGCUCAAGAAACCAACGUGGAUCUUCGCAUGGCCAGACAGGAGACAGUCCUAGGCACUCAGCAUCUCAUCAAGGGAGGCACAGUGAAUCUGUCCAUGAAAGCUCAAGAAACCAACAUGGAGCUUCCCAUGGCCAGACAGGAGAUAGUUCUAGGCGCUCAGAGACCAAUCAAGGGAGCCACCACGAGAGACACGCAAGAGAUUCAGGUAGACAUUCCGAGACAACUCAUGGAAGACCUGGUUCCAGCUCAAGAAACCAACAUGGAUCUGUCCAUGGCCAGACAGGAGACAGUCCUAGGCACUCAGAGUCCCGUCAAGAGAGGCACAGUGAAUCUGUCCAUGAAAGGUCAGGAUCCAGCACAGGGCAAAGGCAGGGGAGCCACCAUGAGCACUCAAGGGACAGCUCCAGACAGUCUGGAACUGGUCAUGGACAAACCUCCACUGGAUCCGGAAGCAGUAGGCACAGGCAAUCCAGUGUUAGUCAGGCCAGUGACAGCGAAGGACAUUCAGAAGACUCAGAAAAGCUUGCCAACCCCUCCUGCAGGGGGGGGCAAAAAACACAUCAUCUAUGAUGCUUUCACGCUACAAGAACAGAGGAUGUCAAAACUCCUAAAAAGCAUCAUUACUGUCAUCGAUAUUUUCUACCAAUAUGCCAACCAGGAUGGGGAGUGUGACAUGUUGAACAAGGCAGAACUGAAAGAACUUUUGGAAAAUGAGUUUGGUCAAAUUCUGAAGAAUCCAGAUGAUCCAGACACUGUAGAUAUCAUCAUGCAAAAUCUAGAUCAAGACCAUAACAAGAAAGUAGAAUUUACUGAGUACCUUCUGAUGAUAUUCAAGCUGGCUCGGGCCUGUAAUAAAAUUGUCAGCAAAGAUUACUGCCAAGCUUCAGGGUCAAAGCAAAGAGAUCACAGUCACCAGGACCAAGAGGAACAGAGUGAAAUAGAAGAGGAGGAUGAAGGGCAAAAAUCAUCUUCCAGUAACUUAAGUUGGAGUGAAGGAGAGAAUGAUUCCCAUUCCAGAGGCUCGGGAGGUAGCAUUAGACACAGGUCUAGGUCCAGGUCCAGAAUAACUGGGCAUCAAGGAGGCUUGUCUAAAGGGCAUGUGAGCCACUCAGAGGAUCAGUCUUUCAGUUCUGAUCAAAACUGGUCUGACUCAAAUGAAUCUCUGGGGAAAGGAAACUGUUCUACUUCUAGUUCAAGUGAGGUAUCUAGUUAUGACCAACGCAGGUCAGGCUCAAGACAGCCAUCUAGCAGUAUCCAACAUGGGUCUGGAUCAGGUCAAUCCUCUGGCUAUGGACAACAUAGAUCUAGCUCAAGUCAGUCUUCUGGCUUUAGUCACCACGGAACUGGCAUAGGUCAAUCCUCUAGCUAUGAACAGCAUAGUUCUACUUCAAGACAGUCACCGAACUGUAGCCAACAUGGACCUAGCUUAAGUCACUCUACUAGCUGUGGUCAGUAUGGAUCUGGGUCAGGUCAGUCAUCCAGCUGUGGCCAACAGAGUUCUGGAUCAAGUCAAUCUGUUAAUCAUGGCCAGCAUAGGUCUGAAUCAAGUCAGACAUCUAGCUAUGGCCAACAAAGGACUGGCUCCGGUCAGUCUUCUGGCUGUAGACAACACAGGUCUGGCUCAGGAGAGUCUUCUGGAUUUAAUCAGCAUAGAACUGGCUUAGGUCAAUCCUCUAGCUAUGAACAACAUGGUUCUACCUCAGGACAGUCACAAAGCUGUGGCCAACAUAGAUCGAGCUUAGGUCAGUCCUCUAGCUAUGGUCAACAUGGCUCAAGUCAGUAUUCUGGUCACAGUCAACACAGGUCUGGCUCAUGUCAGUCUUCUGGCCACAGCCAACAUGGAUCUGGCUCAGGUCAGUCUUCCGGCUGUGGUCAGCAUGGUUCUAGGUCGAGAGAGUCAUCUGGCUUUGGUCAACAUGGAUCUGGCUUGGAUCAGUCCUCUAGCUAUGGACAACACAGUUCUACUUCUGGACAGUCAUCAGGCUGUGGCCAGCAGAGAUCUAACUUAGGUCAGUCCUCUAGCUAUGGUCAACGGGGCUCAAGUCAAUAUGGCUCAAAUCAGUCUUAUAGCCACAGCCGACACAGGUCUGGCUCACGUCAGUCUUCUGGCCACAGCCGACAUGGGUCUGGCUCAGGUCAGUCUUCCAGCUUUGGUCAGUGUGGUUCUAGCUCAAGAGAGUCAUCUGGCUUUGGUCAGCAUGGCUCAGGCUUAGGUCAAUCCUCUAGCUUUGGGCAACAUGGUUCUACUUCAGGACAGUCGUCACACUGUGGCCAGCAGAGAUCUAACUUAGGUCAGUCCUCCAGCUAUGGUCAACAUGGCUCAAGUCAAUCUUACAGCCACAGCAGACGCAGAUCUGGCUCAAGUCAGUCUUCUGGCCACAGCCGACAUGGAUCUGGCUUAGGUCAGUCCUCUAGCUAUGGACAGCAUGGUUCUACUUCAGGACAGUCAUCAAGCUGCAGCCAACAGGGAUCUAACUUAGGUCAGUCCUCCAGCUAUGGUCAACAUGGCUCAAGUCAAUCUUACAGCCACCGCCGACACAGAUCUGGCUCAAGUCAGUCUUCUGGCCACAGCCGACAUGGAUCUGGCUUAGGUCAGUCCUCUAGCUAUGGACAGCAUGGUUCUACUUCAGGACAGUCAUCAAGCUGCAGCCAACAGGGAUCUAACUUAGGUCAGUCCUCCAGCUAUGGUCAACAUGGCUCAAGUCAAUCUUACAGCCACCGCCGACACAGAUCUGGCUCAAGUCAGUCUUCUGGCCACAGCCGACAUGGAUCUGGCUUAGGUCAGUCCUCUAGCUAUGGACAGCAUGGUUCUACUUCAGGACAGUCAUCAAGCUGCAGCCAACAGGGAUCUAACUUAGGUCAGUCCUCCAGCUAUGGUCAACAUGGCUCAAGUCAAUCUUACAGCCACAGCAGACGCAGAUCUGGCUCAAGUCAGUCUUCUGGCCACAGCCGACAUGGAUCUGGCUUAGGUCAGUCCUCUAGCUAUGGACAGCAUGGUUCUACUUCAGGACAGUCAUCAAGCUGCAGCCAACAGGGAUCUAACUUAGGUCAGUCCUCCAGCUAUGGUCAACAUGGCUCAAGUCAAUCUUACAGCCACCGCCGACACAGAUCUGGCUCAAGUCAGUCUUCUGGCCACAGCCGACAUGGAUCUGGCUUAGGUCAGUCCUCUAGCUAUGGACAACAUGGUUCUACUUCAGGACAGUCAUCAAGCUGCAGCCAACAGGGAUCUAACUUAGGUCAGUCCUCCAGCUAUGGUCAACAUGGCUCAAGUCAAUCUUACAGCCACAGCAGACGCAGAUCUGGCUCAAGUCAGUCUUCUGGCCACAGCCGACAUGGAUCUGGCUUAGGUCAGUCCUCUAGCUAUGGACAGCAUGGUUCUACUUCAGGACAGUCAUCAAGCUGCAGCCAACAGGGAUCUAACUUAGGUCAGUCCUCCAGCUAUGGUCAACAUGGCUCAAGUCAAUCUUACAGCCACAGCAGACGCAGAUCUGGCUCAAGUCAGUCUUCUAGCUGUGGUCAGCAUGGUUCUAGCUCAAGAGAGUCAUCUGGCUUUGGUCAACAUGGAUCUGGCUUAGGUCAGUCCUCUAGCUACAGACAACACAGUUCUACUUCAGGACAGUCAUCAAGCUGCAGCCAACAGGGAUCUAACUUAGGUCAGUCCUCCAGCUAUGGUCAAUGGGGCUCAAGUCAAUAUGGCUCAAGUCAAUCUUCUCGCAAUAGCCGACACAGAUCUGGCUCAAGUCAGUCUUCUGGCCACAGCCGACAUGGAUCUGGCUCAGGUCAGUCUUCUAGCUGUGGUCAGCGUGGUUCUAGCUCAAGAGAGUCAUCUGGCUUUGGUCAACAUGGCUCAGGCUUAGGUCAAUCCUCUAGCUACGGACAACAUGGUUCUACUUCAGGACAGUCAUCAAGCUGCAGCCAACAGGGAUCUAACUUAGGUCAGUCUUCCAGCUAUGGUCAACGUGGCUCAAGUCAAUAUGGUUCAAGUCAGUCUUCUGGCUGCAGACAACAAGGAUCUGGCUCAGGUCAGUCUUCUAGCUGUGGUCAGCAUGGUUCUAGCUCAAGAGAGUCAUCUGGCUUUGGUCAACAUGGAUCUGGCUUAGGUCAGUCCUCUACAUAUGGACACCAUGGGUCUACUUCAGGACAAUCAUCAAGCUGUGGUCAAAAUAUAUCUGGAUCAGGUCAGUCUUCCAGUUAUGGUCAACAUAUAUCUGGAUCAGGUCAGUCUUCUAGCUAUGGCCAAUGUGGGUCUGGAUUAAGUCAAUCUUCUCACUAUAGUCAACAGAGGUCUGGAUUAGGACAGUCUUCUGGCCAUGUCCAGUGUGGCACUGGCUCAAGUCAGUCCUCUAGCCGCAGUCAAUUUGGGUCUGGAUGGAGUCAGUCUUCUAGCUAUGGCCAACACAGAUCUGGCUCAGGUCAGUGUUCUACCCAGAGUCAGCAUGGAUCAGGCCUGGGUCAGUGUUCUACUUCUGAACAACAUGGGCCUGGCUCAUGUCACUCAUCUAGCUCUGGACAAUGUGAUUCUGGAUCUGGUCAGUGUUCUAGCUAUGAGCAAUAUGAAUUACAAGGGAGAUAUUAUGAAUUCUUUGAGGAUGACAAGCAUAACUUCUUCACUGAUGCCGCCAUGGUAGGCAUGACUGAAGUUGAAAAACACAUAAGAUGGCUACUCUGGAAAGAAACAACUUUCCCAACACGGAAACAGAAUCAAGCACUACACAAAGAAAUGGACGCCACCAUGCCCAAUCAGAAGACAGCUCCAGACGCUAUGGAACUGGCUAUGAACAAACCUUCAAUGGAUCUGGACGCAGGAGACACAGAGAUUCCAGUGUUAAUGAGGCCAGUGAAGGCGAAGGAUAUUCAGGAGAUGUAG